CACCGUCCGUGGCGUGGCGUGACGUCACGCCUAUGAUCGGGUGGUGGCCUGGCCAAGUCAGUGGAGUCAGUCUGAGUUUGUGAAGUGAAGCGUUCACAUACCAUCACUCCGUUUCCCUGGUGUUAAUAAUUCACGCUGAAGAUGCCUACCACGUGUGCAGUGUUUGGUUGCCAUUCCGUUUAUGAAAAAGGUGUAAAAAUAACAUUCCAUACGUUUCCGAAAGACGAAGACACAAGGCAGAAGUGGAUUACUGCGUGCAGAAGAGGAGAUUUUAUAAAUCCAACCGCUGCACAUAUGUGCAACCGGCAUUUUGAAGAUAAUGCAUACGAGAGAAACCUUAUGUACGAGCUUUUGGAAAUACCACUACCCUCAAAGCAAAGAAGGCUGCGACCAGGGGCCGUACCAACGCUGCACUUACCAAUAGUAACAAACUCCGUAACAAUUGAUGAUAUUCUAGAGAGGAGAAGAGGAACAAAACGAUUCCUAGCAGAAACAGAUGUCGCUAAUGGAGCUGCUGCAACGCCUGAGAGCGAAGCUGUUCCUGUGACAGCUGCUGGUGGGUCGGUACCAAAGAGGAGGCUUCUUUUUGGCGAUCCCACAGGUUCAGUGUCUGGCUCCUUAAGUGAUGAAGGAAAUCACAGAGGGAGGGAAGGAGAGAGAACAGAAGGCCACGGCACUACUACACAGAAGCCUCUUCCACCCCUCCAAGCUGUUCCUGUGACAGCUGCUGGUGGGUCGGUACCAAAGAGGAGGCUUCUUUUUGGCGAUCCCACAGGUUCAGUGUCUGGCUCCUUAAGUGAUGAAGGAAAUCACAGAGGGAGGGAAGGAGAGAGAACAGAAGGCCACGGCACUACUACACAGAAGCCUCUUCCAGCCCUUGAUGAAGUAUUUGAGGGGAAGCCAUUUAUUUGUGAAAACAAUGAGUGUAUUAAAGAAAGAAGUGAGCGUGAGGAGGAAAAGAGAGAGUGGAUAAAUGAAAGAAAGAAACUUAUAACAGAGAGGGAUGAGCUUCUUCAGGAGAAAUGUGAAUGGGAAAAAGAGAGAGAAAUAUUAAUUGAGAGACUGGAAUAUCAGAACAAAGUGGGUUUGUGGCACGGCAUUGAAAAGGUUACUGAAAAGCUACAAACAUAUUUGACUCCAACUCAGAUCGAAUGCAUGUUGCACAAGAAGCCUGUGAAGAGGUGGGAAGAGGAGGACAUUAGAAGAGCUCGUGAGGACAUCAUCCGUUGUGACGCUCGGAUCCCGGAGUGA